CCAAGUUGCGACACUGUAUGUGGAUACUGUUUACCGAAUAAUGUCAGUGUAGUGAAGUGCGAUCUGUACACAGGAUUCUGUGUAAAAGGUUGCGUUGAUAGCUACUUCGGUCGUCGUUGUAAAAAGAAAUGCGGACAUUGCCUACCAGACGAUAACGGGAGAGUUGCGUGUGAUAUAAACACCGGAAAUUGUUUGAACCCUUGCAUUGCAGGUUACUUUGGUCCAUCCUGUUUUGAUAAAUGUAACAGUAACUGUUUUGAUUCAAAUACAAAUACAAAUAGAUGUGAUAGAUUGUCGGGAAAUUGCAUUUAUGGCUGUGUGUCUGGAUGGUACGGUGACAUGUGUAAUAAAACUUGUAGUAACACAUGUCAAAAUAGAUCGUGUCGUCAAAAAUCUGGCAACUGCGAAGGAAGAUGUUUGUCUGGUUGGUAUGGCGAUACGUGUAAUAUAACUUGCAGCAGCAUGUGUUCAGAAAGAUCUUGCUGUCAAAAUUCGGGUUACUGUAAAAAUGGAUGUGUUUCUGGUUGGUAUGGUGAUAGUUGCAACGUUUCAUGCAGUAGCAACUGUAAUGGUACAUCUUGUGACCAGAAUUUAGGCCAAUGUGAUGGUGGUUGUAUUCCUGGUUUCUUUGGUCACACGUGUAAAUUCAACUGUGUUGACACUUGUAAAAACGGUGUUUGUGACAAGGAAACAUCGGAGUGUACUCAGGGAUGUGUAACAGGAUACGAAGGAGCAUUCUGCAAUACAACAACAGACAAUGGUCAAGAUUGUAUUUUAGUUGGCAUGACGAGCAGUCUGGCUGGAGUUGUAACAUCUCUAGUAUUUGUCUUUAUUGUUUGGUUCAUAAGAAGAAAAAUAAUCAAAGGGAAGCGUUAUAACUGCCUUCAAAUGUCAACAAGAGAGAGCGCAGUGCCAUUAUAUGACGAUAUAUUAAAUAUAAAUGAUACAUCGAUGAAACAUUUUUCUGGCAGCGAUUUGUACACAGAAGUUGGUACAACUCACACACCGAUGGGUACACAUGAUUUCAGAUCCAGUAUGAGUACCAGCUGUGAUAAUGAAACUGGUGGCAAUUGUGCAAGUACGACCUUCGAAGUUGAUGCAGAUGCGGAAACCAAUAACACAGAGAAACACCGUGUUAGUGAGAGCUAUUCAUACAUAGAAAUUGAUGCCACCCAUCCGAGAAGUACACAUGAAUCUGGAUCUAACACGCGUAUUAUUUAUGAUAACGAUUUUGCUGCUACACGCCCAAGAGAUUCAAAUAGAACACUAAACAAAGAUUUGAUGUCCACAAGAAAUAAGGAAAUAGAUGCCAAUGACAUUAACGCAACACCACAAAAGUCUGAAGAAGAUAAUUGCAACACAAAUCCGUCUGUAUUAAACAUUGAAAUGCAGUUUAAACCACAGGCGGAUGCAAUUGAAGGAGACAAUGACAGCUUAAAUUAUAUACAUCCUGUGCAUUAAAAUGAAAAUAUUAUUCAAAACAAGAAUUACUUUUCCUUUUGAACUGAAUAAAGGAGAAAGAAGUUUCAGUGGUAUACAUGCACACUUGCAACAUAGUUAAUUAGGAAAAUUGCAAUGGAAAUAAAUUAAUUUGUUAAAGAAUUUUAUAUCAAUAUGUGCAUCAUUUUUUUAAUAAUUCUAAUUUUCAAGUACGUGUUACCUGGCAUAAAGAGAUGACUGACUUGAAGACGUAAUUUUUAUUCUGUUACACAGCGAAUGUUCGUCAUACAAUUUUCAUUUUACAUUAGCGAGCUACGCUUUUCUAUUUGAUUGAUGUUGAAGACUCAUGAUGGGCACUUUUAAAAGCCCACGUUGAUUGAGCUGUUUUGAUAUUUUUCUUCUUGCCUGUUUCGUUGGGCCCUUGAUGAUUAUUUUCUUGUUGCUCUACUUCUUUCACAGUUUUAUUUUGCAUGUUUAUUUACACGUUCAUUUUGUGUACAAAUCAUGUUAAACUGGACCAUUGAGAAAACAUUCACGCAUCAAAUACCAGGAUGACGUCCGGUUGAUUAUUCUCUGAUGAACGAGGUUCUGUAUAAUUAUUAUCAAUGGAUAUUGAUGCCUGGACCAAUAAGAGACCAUGAUGACGUCAAUUAUCAGCAUGAGGUCCGGUCCAUUAUUAUUUGAUGAAUGAAAUUAUUAAUUAAUAUUGAAGCAUGCACCAGUGAGAGACCAUAAUGAUAUUAAACAUCAUCAUGACAUCCGGUUCAUUGUUCUCUGAAGAAUAGCAUAAUAAUUAUCAAUGAAUAUUGAUGCACGCACCGGUGAGAGACUAUAAUGACGCCAAAUAUCAGCAUGAUAACCGGUUCAUUAUUAUUUUAUAAAUAAAAGUUCAGCAUGAUUCUGAUCAUCAUGUUGUAUGGACCAGUAAUAAAAAUAUAUCAAAACAAUUCUAAAAGUGCCUUUUUUAGUUUAUAAGAUGUUCAUCGGAUAUACCGAGACGGCGUUCAGCACUUGCACAUCUGUACUGUGCCCCUCGGUAAAUUAGACUAUAAACAACGGGAAGGCGUUGAUUAUGUGUUAAACGAGCUAAUACGUCAAUAUUGUUAUGACUUAGUGUGAGAUCUCAUAAAUGAGUCAAUCACACCUUUUAUCAUAGAAUCAUAGAUGUAAGUAAACAUUUCAUAAAAAAUGUCAUUAGUCUUUUAAAGUAUCUUUUAGCAAAAAUAAUGAGGAUACUAGAACAAUUGAUACUAUAUCAUUCAAUAAAAACUUCGUAUAAUACAGACCUCACGCUCAGUGUUGCGCGCCUAAACUUUGGGGUCAUAAUAUUGUUUUUCACGUUUCU